CGUCCAAAUUCCGAGACAUGGCGACAAACGGCAGCAAGGUGGCUGAUGGGCAGAUCUCCACCGAGGUCAGCGAGGCCCCUGUGGCCAAUGACAAGCCCAAAACCUUGGUGGUCAAGGUGCAGAAGAAGGCAGCGGACCUCCCCGACCGGGACACAUGGAAGGGCCGCUUCGACUUCCUCAUGUCCUGUGUGGGCUAUGCCAUCGGCCUGGGCAACGUCUGGAGGUUCCCCUAUCUCUGCGGGAAAAAUGGUGGGGGAGCCUUCCUGAUCCCCUACUUCCUGACGCUCAUCUUUGCGGGGGUCCCACUCUUCCUGCUAGAGUGUUCCCUGGGCCAGUACACCUCCAUCGGGGGGCUGGGGGUAUGGAAGCUGGCUCCUAUGUUCAAGGGCGUGGGCCUUGCGGCUGCUGUGCUCUCAUUCUGGCUGAAUAUCUACUACAUCGUCAUCAUCUCCUGGGCCAUCUACUACCUGUACAAUUCCUUCACCACGACACUGCCAUGGAAACAGUGCGACAACCCCUGGAACACGGACCGCUGCUUCUCCAACUACAGCAUGGUCAACACCACCAACAUGACCAGCGCUGUGGUAGAGUUCUGGGAGCGCAACAUGCAUCAGAUGACGGAUGGGCUGGAUAAGCCAGGUCAGAUCCGCUGGCCAUUGGCCAUCACGCUGGCCAUCGCCUGGAUCCUUGUAUAUUUCUGUAUCUGGAAGGGUGUCGGCUGGACUGGAAAGGUGGUCUACUUCUCAGCCACAUACCCCUACAUCAUGCUGAUCAUCCUGUUCUUCCGCGGAGUGACGCUGCCCGGAGCCAAGGAGGGCAUCCUCUUCUACAUCACACCCAACUUCCGCAAGCUGUCCGACUCUGAGGUGUGGCUAGAUGCGGCGACCCAGAUCUUCUUCUCAUACGGGCUGGGCCUGGGGUCCCUGAUCGCUCUUGGGAGCUACAACUCUUUCCACAACAACGUCUACAGGGACUCCAUCAUCGUCUGCUGCAUCAAUUCGUGCACCAGCAUGUUCGCAGGAUUCGUCAUCUUCUCCAUCGUGGGCUUCAUGGCCCAUGUCACCAAGAGGUCCAUUGCUGACGUGGCGGCCUCAGGCCCUGGGCUGGCGUUCCUGGCAUACCCAGAGGCGGUGACCCAGCUGCCUAUCUCCCCACUCUGGGCCAUCCUCUUCUUCUCCAUGCUGCUGAUGCUGGGCAUUGACAGCCAGUUCUGCACUGUGGAGGGCUUCAUCACAGCCCUGGUGGAUGAGUACCCCAGGCUCCUCCGCAACCGCAGAGAGCUCUUCAUUGCUGCUGUCUGCAUCAUCUCCUACCUGAUCGGCCUCUCUAACAUCACUCAGGGGGGCAUUUACGUCUUCAAACUCUUUGAUUACUACUCUGCCAGUGGCAUGAGCCUGCUGUUCCUCGUGUUCUUUGAAUGUGUCUCUAUUUCCUGGUUUUAUGGUGUCAACCGAUUCUAUGAUAAUAUCCAAGAGAUGGUUGGAUCCAGGCCCUGCAUCUGGUGGAAACUCUGCUGGUCUUUCUUCACACCAAUCAUCGUGGCGGGCGUGUUCAUUUUCAGUGCUGUGCAGAUGACGCCUCUCACCAUGGGAAACUAUGUUUUCCCCAAGUGGGGCCAGGGUGUGGGCUGGCUGAUGGCUCUGUCUUCCAUGGUCCUCAUCCCCGGGUACAUGGCCUACAUGUUCCUCACCUUAAAGGGCUCCCUGAAGCAGCGCAUCCAAGUCAUGGUCCAACCCAGCGAAGACAUCGUUCGCCCAGAAAAUGGUCCCGAGCAGCCCCAGGCCGGCAGCUCCACCAGCAAGGAGGCCUACAUCUAGGGUGAGGGCCGCUCGCCGACCCGACACUCUCACCCCCCGACCUGGCUGAGUGCGACCCCCACUUGAUGUCUGAGGAUACCUUCCAUCUCAACCUACCUCGAGUGGCGAGUCCAGACACCAUCACCACGCAGAAAGGGGAGGUGGGAGGACAGUUAGACCCCUAGGUGGGCCCUGCCAUGGGCAAGGAUACCCGGUGGCUUCCGGCACCCGGCGGGCUGGUGACCUUUUUAAUCCAGGCUCCAUCAGCGUCCCACGAUCGGCCUUGGUAACCGCCACGGUAGAUCAUUUUUAUCCCGCCAGGGAGCGUGAUGCAGCGAGGCCACAUGUGCCCCUGGCUUUUAAACCUGUUCCUGACUGUUCUCUUACUGCCGAAACCCAUGACUGUUAUCUCGGACUCUGCAGGAGUUACUUUCCCUCUGAACGCUGCUCCAUGCACAGGAAAAGGGCAUUUUGUACAAUGGGGACUUCCCGGGAACGGCUUGCUCUUAAGUACCAGAAGUCAGCGGAGCUCUGGCUUUCGUGUUUUGGUUUUCUCCUUCCCAAGGCAGCUGGACAAAAAAACAAACAAACAAAACAAAACAAAACAAACAAAAAAAACCCCAGGGGCGUCCGUCGAUAUUCCCAGGGCCGCUUCUCCUGCAGUCUGUGGAGUGUCCUUGUCCCUGCUGCCCGAAUGAAUGAGCGUUCUGCAGCCCGAUGUCCCUGUCCCUUCCCCGCCGGGCCAUUCUGAUUGGA